ACUGCCCCAGCUUGGCGCAUCAAUCUUUGGAUUCAGGGUUCAGUAGCACCUCGAGCCGAAUCUGGAUGCCGAUCUCGUCACGGUGUCGUGUCGCGCGGAGCAACACAAAGACUAGCACCCACUGAUCGCGCUGCCAUCCCUGCAGUUUGCGCCAACCCACAAGGCACUGACCCCUAUCCCCAGGCUGUAUAUAUCGACGUCCCGACUUCCACUCCACCACCCAGAACACACAGUUCCAUCCCAACCAAGUCUCCAAGUCCCCAACCAGAGAGGCAGAGAGCUAGCAGCAGCAGCAGCAGCAAGCGAACAAGUUCCAUAACUCGUCGGGGCAACGCAAGACAAGGCAGCAUGUGCAACGUCAUCACGAUCCCGUCGGUCGCCUGGCUGCGCCGCGCCGUGCGCCGGUGGCGCGCCCGCCGCUCCGCCUCCGCGCCGGUGCCGGCGGGGCACGUGGCGGUCUGCGCGGAGGGCGCGCGGUUCAUGGUGCGGCUGGCGCACCUCAGCCACCCGGCCUUCCUGGAGCUGCUCCGGCAGGCGGAGGAGGAGUACGGCUUCCGGUCCGGCGCCUCCGGCCCCGUCGCGCUCCCCUGCGACGAGGCCCGCCUCCGCGACGUCCUCCGCCGCGUCUCUUCCUCGUGCGACUCAGAGGAGCCGCGCCGCCCCUUCUGCCGCCGCCGUGGCGACUCGCGGCCGCUGCUGCAGGCGGUGGCCGUGGAGAAGCUCUUCUUGUGAGCGAUCGACCUACCCCGCGCGCCCCGCGGCACCAAACGAUCGAGCAACGCAGCGCCCAAUUUCUGCGCGCCAAAGCGGCAGCAACAGCUGGCGACAGACCCGGUACUCCGGGCGCUGGAAAAAGACGAAGGCCCUCAAGACCGUUCGGGCCGGCGUGGCGGCGUGCUCCCGUGCCCAGCGUGAUGCCGGCCGGCGAUCGGACGCGUACUGGAGCUAGGCAGUACAAUAUGUGAUGGUGAUGGUAGUAACUGAC